UUUUUUUUUUUGAGAUGGAGUCUCGCUGUGUCGCUCAGGCUGGAGUGCAGUGGCACGAGCUUGGCUCACUGCAAGCUCCGCCUCCCGGGUUCACGCCAUUCUCCUGCCUCAGCCUCCCGAGUUGCUGGGACUACAGGUGCCCGCCACCACGCCUGGCUAAUUUUUUGUAUUUUUUAUUAGAGACAGAGUUUCACCCUGCUAGCCAGGAUGGUCUCGAUUUCCUGACCUCGUGAUCUGCCCGCCUCGGCCUCCCAAAGUGCUGGGAUUACAGGCGUGAGCCACUGCGCCCGGCCCAAAAGCAAGAUUUUUAAAUAGCUGUAUAAUGUUGUAAUGUGGCAGUACCAUUAUUAUUUAGUCUUUCUCCUGUUAUUAGAGUCAGCAUUCAUUCAGCAAUUUAAGUACUGUUGGGUGUGCUAGCAGAUAAAGGUUUAUUGACUGUUGAAGAUAGUCCUGUUCUCAGACAUCACAGGUUGUAGGAGUAGGGGCUGAACACUGAACUUUACUAUAUAGCAUGGUACGGCUGUCUUAGGGGUACAGGCUGUACAAUCUUUGGGUCAGAUGACAUUUGAUUAGCAAACGUUCUUUCUUGUCUUACAUUAAAACUCUUUGCAGGGGCCUUAACAGGGUAUAAAAUGCUGUGUUUUCUCAGAAAUCCAGCAAAUCAGAAGGUGAAUGAUCAUGAUUAUGAUCUCUGAAGGAACAGAAAUUCUCUGAUAUAAGGUUUUGUUAAGCACAAUGUUCACAUAAGACAUUUGGGGGAGAACCCCUUAAAAUAAGAGAUCAGGGCCAGGCUCAUGCCUGUAAUUGUAGCACUUUGGGAGGCUGACGUGGGUGCAUCACCUGAGGUCAGAAGUUCAAGACCAGCCUGGCCAACAUGGUGAAACCGCAUCGCUACUAAAAAUACAAAACUUAGCCGUAUGUGGUGGUGGGUGCCUUUAAUCCCAGCUACUCGGGAGGCUGAGGCGGGAGAAUUACCUGAACCCAGGAGGCUGAGGUUGCAGUGAGCUGAGAUCAUACCACUGCACUCCAGCCUGGUGACAGAGCAAGACUCCAUCUCAAAAAAAAAAGAAAAGAAAAAAAGAAAAAAGAAAAAUGAGAGAUUCAUAAUACCACAAUGGAUUCUUCACGCAGAUUAUGCUAUCCCUUGUUUGAAGAUUUUCCAACAUAUGGCAAAUUCUCUUUGCUUUUGGUCUUCACUGAGAUUGAAAAAACUGAAUUUAGUGCCAUUUGAAGGAAUUAUUAUAAUGCAGCGGUUCUCAAACUUGGCUGUCCAUUAUAAUCACCUGGGGAGCUUUUAUAAAUCCCAGCUGUCCAGACCACACCAUGGGCCAACUAAAUUUUCGGGUGUGACCCAAGUGUUUACCAUGUGCAAAGAAGUUUGAAAAUGACUAAAAUAGGUAACUCUGAAGUCAAACUGCCUGGCUUCAAAUUCCAGGCCAGCCACUUCCUAGCCAUGUGACCCUAGGCAAGAUAUUUGAUUUAUGUGAACUCUAUGAGAAAAAAAGAUGAUAAAAAUAACAUUUUCUUGUAGGAUUGCUAUGAGGUUUAAACAAGAUAAUCUAUGUAAACUAUUAAGUUGCUGCAAAAGUAAUCACGAUUUUUGCCAUUAAAAGUGAUGGCAAACACUGCGAUUACUUUUGCACCAACCUAACACAACAGGGCAGGCAUAUGUGAAUUCUAUAGGCUGGGCACAGUGGCUCACACCAGCACUUUGGGAGGCCAAGGGGUGGGGAGGAUUGUGAACAAUUUUCACAAGUUCAAGACCAGCCUAGACAAACACAGAGAGACCUCCUCUCUACAAAAAAAUUUUAAAAAUUAGCCUAGUGUGGUGGUUCAUGCCUGUAGUCCCAGCUACUGAAGUGGGAGGAUUGCUUGAGUCUGGGAGAUGGAGGCUGCACUGAGCUGUGAUCGUGCCCCUGCACUCCAGCCUGAGUGACAGAGUGAGACUUGGUCUUUAAAAAAAAAAAAAAAAAAAGUUCUAUGGUAAUUAUUAUUAACUAACAGCUUUCUUAUUUCAUAUUAAUUACUCUGCAAGACACUUCCAGCGUGGUUCCCCCAUCUGACACUCAUUCACCUAGUUGAUUUUUUGUUGUUGUUCUAUAACAUUCUUUCAUUCAUGCACGAAUUCAUUUUACAAGUAUGUAUUCAUUGACUUAACAACGAGUGUGAAAGAAGACACAAAAGAAAUAUACACAUCUGCCUCACCUCCCUUGGAGUUUGUCUUCUCCCGUGUGCUCGUGUUUUCCAGUUCAGAUCAAAAGCAUCAUGAGCUAGGGGACCAUGUUUGAUGCCUGGACAGCCCUAGCACCCAACGCUGAGGAUUGGAGACACUGCUAGGUACCCGGGCUGGAAGACUGGGUUCUGGUUCUUGUUUUGGCACUUACAGGCUGGGUAACAGGGAGCAAUCCUGUUGUCCUCAAUAGGUGUGUUUCCUCACCUGAAAGUGUACAAAAUCCAUCCAUGACUGAUGUGACGAUUACAGGUCUACACAAUGCGCAUGUGGAUUUGUCUUGCAAACGUCCACGACCAGGCCCUCAAGAAACAGUGCCGCGCAUGCCCACCAAGGGGCAGCAGAUCGCAGUGCAGAGGCCCGCGGCGCUUGACGUCAGGGCGCACGUCCCACCCCGUGACCGUGACUGUGACCGUGACCAAGAGCGUCUCUGGGACACGGCCGGGCGGCGCGGCGGGAGUGCACAGGACCCGCCAUGGCGGCCGAAGCCUCGGAGAGCGAACCGGCUCUGCAGGAGCUCAUGCGCGAGGCGGAGAUCAGCCUGCUGGAGUGCAAGGUGUGCUUUGAGAAGUUUGGCCACCGGCAGCAGCGGCGCCCGCGCAACCUGUCCUGCGGCCACGUGGUCUGCCUGGCCUGCGUGGCCGCCCUGGCGCACCCGCGCACGCUGGCCCUCGAGUGCCCAUUCUGCAGGCGAGCCUGCCGGGGCUGCGACACCAGCGACUGCCUGCCGGUGCUGCACCUCAUAGAGCUCCUGGGCUCAGCGCUUCGCCAGUCCCCGGCCGCCCACCGCGCCGCCCCCAGCGCCCCCGGAGCCCUCACCUGCCACCAUACCUUUGGCGGCUGGGGGACCCUGGUCAACCCCACCGGACUGGCGCUUUGUCCCAAGACGGGGCGGGUCGUGGUGGUGCACGACGGCAGGAGGCGUGUCAAGAUUUUUGACUCUGGGGGAGGAUGCGCGCAUCAGUUUGGAGAGAAGGGGGACGCUUCCCAAGACAUUAGGUAUCCUGUGGAUGUCACCAUCACCAACGACUGCCAUGUGGUUGUCACUGACGCCGGCGAUCGCUCCAUCAAAGUGUUUGAUUUUUUUGGCCAGAUCAAGCUUGUCAUUGGAGGCCAAUUCUCCUUACCUUGGGGUGUGGAGACCACCCCUCAGAAUGGGAUUGUGGUAACUGACGCGGAGGCAGGGUCCCUGCACCUCCUGGACGUCGACUUCGCGGAAGGGGUCCUUCGGAGAACUGAAAAGUUGCAAGCUCAUCUGUGCAGUCCCCGAGGGGUGGCAGUGUCUUGGCUCACGGGGGCCAUUGCAGUCCUGGAGCACCCCCUGGCCCUGGGGACUGGGGUUUGCAGCACCAGGGUGAAAGUGUUUAGCUCAAGUAUGCAACUUGUCGGCCAGGUGGAUACCUUUGGGUUGAGCCUCUAUUUUCCCUCCAAAAUAACUGCCUCCGCUGUGACCUUUGAUCACCAGGGAAAUGUAAUUGUUGCAGAUACCUCUGGUCCCGCUAUCUUUUGCUUAGGAAAACCUGAGGAGUUUCCAGUACUGAAGCCCAUGGUCACUCAUGGUCUUUCCCAUCCUGUGGCUCUUACCUUCACCAAGGAGAAUUCUCUUCUUGUGCUCGACACAGCAUCUCAUUCUAUAAAAGUCUAUAAAGUUGACUGGGGGUGAUGGGCUGGGGUGGGGCCCUGGAAUCAGAAGCACUAGUGCUGCCAUUAAUGAAUUGUUUAACCCUGGAUAAGUCACUUAAACUCAUCUAUGCAGGCAGGGAUAAUUAAAACUGUCUGGUAGACUUACAAAGCUUGGGACAAUUAUUAGAGAUUAAUCUACCAUUUAUUGAAUGCAUACUCUUUGUGCAAGGAAAUUUGCAAAUAUUAGCUCAUUUAAUCCAUACUAUCCAGUGAGGUAAUUUUUUUCCCCCCCGAGAUAGAGUCAAGCUCUGUCACCCGGGCUGGAGUGCAGAAACAUGAUCACAGCUCACUACAGUUUCAACUUCCACUGCUCAGGUGAUCCUUCCACCUCAGCCUCCCAAGUAGCUGGGACCACAGGCGUGCGUUACCACAUCCAGCUAAUUUUUGUAUUUUGAUAGAGAUGGGGUUUCAUCAUGUUGCCCAGGCUGGUCUCAAACUCCUGAGCUCAAGCAAUCCACCUUCCUCGGCCUCCCAAAGUGCUGGGAUUACAGGCAUAGCCACCUUGCCUAGCCAUAAUUUUUAUUAUUAAUCUCAUCGUGCAAGUGAGAAAACUGAAACCCAGAGAGCUUAAGUGACUUCCUCGAGGUCAUAGUUACUUACUGCCAUAGUCACAAUUUGAAUUCAAUUCUGAUUCCAAGUAAGUUGUGCUUAAAUAAGAUAGCAGAUGUGGGGAAAAGUAGGUGAAUGAAUAGUGUUGCUAUGUGUACUGUCUCUACAAGUAGCUAAUUAUUUUAGCACAAAGAUGUGCAAAGAAAGGAGACUUUAUGGAGCGUUCAGGAGAAAAAGGAUUUUGUGGUGGCCAUCACUUUCAUUCAAUUUGUGACUGCUCUGAUGGCACAUUAGAUGAAGUUACUGUUGAUCCUGAAUUACGUGAAUAAGAAAAACAAUUGAACUGCUUAUUAAAAAGGUAAACAUGUCUUGUAA